CUCUCUCCCCCUCAAUAUCUGGAAGCCAUUAACUCAAAAACUCUUAAAAAGCUUCAUCAAAACCCUCAAACAAACCCUAACUCACUACCCCUUUCCACUAUCAAUUUCAAUUUUCAACACCGACCAAGCAACACCAAUGGAGGGUACCAGUUUUCUGACUAGUAGAAGUAUUGGGUUCAGGCCGUCACACAAUGAUUCGGUUCUCCCGUUGGCUAAUAACUGUAAUCAGAAGUCACUAACUCCGAUUUGUGAUCGAUUCAAGGGUUUGUUGAAGGAACGAGAGGAAGAUAUUAGGGUUUCUAGUGGACGACAUGACGAGAUUGAGAUUCCGUCGCCGAGUAGUGAAGAAAUUGUUGAGUUAUAUGAAAUUGUUUUGUCGGAGUUGACUAUCAAUUCGAAACCGCUCAUUACUGAUCUCACGAUAAUCGCUGGAGAGCAGAGAGAACAUGGUGGUGGCAUUGCGGACGCCAUUUGUGCAAGAAUUAUCGAGGUUCCAGUUGAGCAAAAACUUCCUUCUCUAUAUCUUCUUGAUAGUAUUGUCAAAAAUAUCGGUAGAGAUUACGUGAGGCACUUUUCUGCUCGUUUGCCUGAGGUCUAUUGUUUGGCAUACAGGCAAAUCCACCCAAAUAUGCAUCCUUCCAUGCGCCAUCUUUUUGGCACCUGGUCAACUGUAUUCCCAUCUUCUGUUCUUUGCAAGAUUGAAGCUCAACUACAGUUUUCUCCCUCAGCAAGUCAUCAAUCUUCGGGUUUAAAAGCUUCUGAAUCUCCACGGCCAGCUCAUGGUAUACAUGUCAAUCCAAAGUACUUGGAAGCAAGACGUCAAUUUGAAAACUCAACUACAGAUAGUAAAAUACAACAAGCAAGAGCAACUUCAACUUCAGAGAUUCUUGAACAACCCUCCUCAGGAUUUGAUGAAUAUGAAUCUGAUAGUAGGGAGGCACUGUCGUCACAUACUGGAUCACGCAAGUUAGAUUUAAGUAGUAACGUGGGUCGUAAUCCUUUCAGUCUUGGCCAUGCAAGGCCUCCAUCACCAUCCCUAGAUGAAUUUGCUUUGGAUGAUUCUCCUAAAAAGGUUGUUGAAGGAACAUCAUCAUCUCAUGAAUAUGGUCGUAGACCUCAUGGCAUGGCGGUCAAAGAUGAGGAUUUACGUGAUUGGCAGAGACCCCAGCAGUCCGAUGGCGCCUUGCCACAGAUUGAAACAACUGCUUCACACUGUAUAAGUAACGGAUUUGACAUUCAGAGACCCAGGGCCUUGAUUGAUGCUUAUGGAACAGAUGAGAGGAAUAAAACAACGAACCCAAAGCUCCAACACACGAAAAACUUAAUUACAAAUGGAUUAGGUGGUAAGAGUGCUGGACAGACGUGGCAGAAUACUGAAGAAGAGGAGUUUGAAUGGGAAAAUAUGAGUCCCACGUUAGUAGACCGCGGUCCUGCUACUGAUCCUGCCCCCGGAGCCUACCGAGCCAACCAGUCUACGUUUGCAAAGACUGAUUUGAGCAGAGGCAAUUGGUCUAACCAGGAGCUGAUUCAUUCAGUUGCCCCUAACCAUGCAGUUUCGUCGUCUGAUCAUGGAUUAAAGCGGAAGAUUAGUGGAUUUCACAACGAGCCAUCAGAUAAUCCAGUUUCUCAUUAUCCACAAGAAUCAUGGAACCUUUCUCAUGAUCAGCCUUGGGCUACUCUGCAUCAUUACAAUCCUCGUGGGCAAAGGCCUCCGCUCAUCGAUAGCUUUCCACGUGCCAACGCACAUCAUCUCUUGUCGUUGACACCUAGAAUGAAUUCGUCAAGUGUCAAUAUGAUGAAUCCGGAGGUCUCUAUACCAUCAUCGAAAGGAUCUUGGCGAUCCUCACUGAAUAUGCAAACAUCUCAACCAGUUCCACCUUUUAAGAAACAUAUUAGGAGUCAGUUUGACAUGUUGAAGACCGGCAAUUCAGCAGCAAAUGAAAAUGUGUCGUUUUUGCAUCAACCAUUUGAUGUUAAUGAAAAUAGAGUACCGAACCAACUACCUCAAAUGCAUAGUCAGCAGGCGGGGUUGGUUUCUAAUCAGCAAAGACCAAAGUUCCCACCUCAUUUAUCGCUACCCCAAGAGGUUCGAUCGAAUAUGGUACCACCUGCUUUAGCUUUUAAUCCGUCACAUACAACAAUACAACCCAUGUUUCGUGGGUAUACCCCUCAAAGAUUCGACACCUCUGGAGGUGCUUCUAUGAAUCCAGUUCAUGGUAUGCAAUCUUCUAUGCCUUUUCUUGGUGUCGGUUUCCCCCCUCUACCUCCAGGCCCCCCUCCUUCCUCUUUUCCCCUGAAACAGAUUCCUCAAUUCCCUCCAUCAGUUGCUCCAACCCCUCCAGCGGGGGGUGCACUCUCCGGCUUGUUUAGUUCUCUUGUGGCCCAAGGUCUGCUCUCUCUGACUAAACCGAGUUCUGAACAGGCCUGUGUUGGGCUUGAGUUUGAUCCAGAUGUUCUCAAGACACGUCACGAGUCUGCAAUAACUGCUUUAUAUGCUGAUCUUCCACGGCAAUGCAAAACUUGCGGUCUUCGAUUUAAGUUGCAAGAAGAACACAGCAAUCAUAUGGAUUGGCACGUCACCAAAAAUCGAGUAUCAAAAAAUCAUAAACAAAAGCCUUCUCGGAAGUGGUUCCCUAAUGCUAGUAUGUGGCUUAGUGGGACAGAAGCAUCGGGAGCUGAUGCAGUUCCGGGAUUUCUUAAUCCGUCUGAAAAUGUUGUUGAAAAGAAGGAUGAUGAAGACAUGGCUGUUCCAGCGGACGAAGAUCAGAAUGUUUGUGCACUAUGCGGUGAGGCGUUUGAUGAUUUUUACAGUGAUGAAACAGAAGAAUGGAUGUAUAGAGGUGCGGUCUACAUGAAUGCUCCAACGGGAUCUGUUUUAGGCAUGGAUAGAUCUCAACUUGGGCCAAUAGUUCAUUCUAAAUGCCGAUCUGAGUCUGCUGUGGCCCCUCCCGAUGAUUUUGGCAACAAUGGACGGGUAUGUAUUAGAGAGCAUACACGGAGUUAGCGGUUCUUAAUCGAGCUUUUAGGGAGGAAGCUGUUUGUCGGUUUUCGGAAUGGAGCACAAGAUCGAUGACAUCCCGUUUUUAUUGGCUGCAAACGCUCCGCGGCUUGUGGUGUAUUCUUUUUGAAAACUUGAAUUAUUAGGUUGUGGAUUUACUUUAUGCCAUGAAAAAUUGGCUUUCUUUUGGUUUACGUACAUUUUGGUUUCAUGUUUUUAUGUCAUUCAUAUGUGAAUGAAACGUUAUUUUAUA